AUGGCAGAUGCGGCGAAGCCGGCUGGCGUGCCGGCUGCCGGCAGGGUGGCGGAGGCGGAUGAGGAACAGGGGGAGACUUGUGGAGGCGGCGGGGAGGCGGGGGGCAAAGACAACGUGAUCGUUGUUCAGAAUCGCCGCACGGGGGCCGGCGGAUGGGACGGAUACAGGGUGAGUUGCGACCUCGCGAAAAAUAUGCAAAGACAUGGACGAACGAGGCUUCGCCCCUCGGAGCACGUCGUCAUGGUGGAGGAGACGAACAUCAGCGAGCAGCUAUUUAGGUGGGGAAGAACAAGCCAGGGAGGGCUUGGACCGGCCUUCGUUCACAACGCCCACACCAGCAGAAGAACUUCAAGCAUGCCUGCAAGACCAAUAGCGGCUAGAGCUUACUAUGAAGGGACUCAGCAUGCGUGUCGGCACAAGAUGAUGGGCAGCAACGACGACGCCCGCGAGGACGAAGGCGGGACGCCGACACCCUCCAAGCUGUUAAACCUCUCAUGCGUUUUUCGCUAA